GUAAACAGCGGCGCUAUCCGCGGAUCCAGAAAUUAAGAUAAUUGCGGCUAAACGGAGCGAUUUUUAAAGGAUGUUUUGAUUUUAAUGCGCACCAAGAGACCUUUGUAUGAGGAACGGGCAAAACAAAUAACAAGGUUUCACUGGGACAGGAGUGACACUGUCCUGCAAUGUUCACAGACAUGGACUAUGAAUUGGAGGAGGACAAACUGGGGAUACCAACGGUUCCUGGUACUGUGUGUCUGAAGAAAGAUGCUAACAACCUUAUUGGGAUCAGUAUCGGUGGUGGGGCACAGUACUGUCCAUGUCUCUACAUUGUCCAGGUGUUCGAUAACACCCCAGCAGCUCUGGAUGGGACACUGGCGGCAGGUGAUGAGAUCACAGGCGUGAAUGGGAAACCAGUGAAGGGAAAGACCAAAGUGGAGGUGGCCAAGAUGAUCCAAGCUGUGCAGGGAGAAGCAGUAAUCCACUACAACAAACUGCAGGCAGACCCCAAACAAGGGAAGUCUCUGGACAUAGUGCUGAAAAAAGUCAAACAUCGCCUGGUAGAGAAUAUGAGCUCAGGCACAGCAGAUGCUCUCGGACUCAGCAGAGCGAUUCUAUGCAACGAUGGUCUGGUCAAAAGACUGGAAGAGCUGGAGAAAACUGCAGAGCUCUACAAAGGGCUGAUGGAGCACACGAAGAGACUCCUCAGAGCUUUCUUUGAGCUUUCUCAAACUCACAGAGCGUUUGGCGAUGUUUUUUCUGUCAUCGGGGUGAGAGAGCCCCAGGCUGCAGCCAGCGAGGCUUUUGUGAAGUUUGCUGAUGCUCACCGCAACAUUGAGAAAUACGGUAUUCAGCUGCUAAAGACCAUCAAACCUAUGCUCCAUGACCUGAACACAUACCUUCAUAAGGCCAUACCAGACACGAAGCUCACCAUCCGCAAGUACCUGGACGUAAAGUUUGAAUAUCUGUCGUACUGCCUGAAGGUGAAGGAAAUGGAUGAUGAAGAAUACAGCAGUAUUGCCAUGGGAGAGCCCCUGUACCGUGUCAGCACCGGUAACUAUGAGUACCGUUUGGUGCUGCGGUGUCGGCAGGAGGCUCGUGCCCGCUUCGCCAAAAUGAGGAAGGAUGUCUUGGAGAAAAUAGAGCUGCUGGAUCAGAAACAUGUCCAGGACAUCGUGUUCCAGCUGCAGCGCUUCGUCUCAGGCAUGUCACAUUACUACGACGAGUGCUACGCCGUCCUCAAGGAGGCAGAUGUCUUCCCCAUCGAAGUGGACCUUUCCCGCACCAUGAUCAACUACGGUGGCCAGUCGUUCUCUUACACCGGAGACGAGGAGGAGGAAGAGGAGGGAGGAGGCGGAGAGGAGGGAGGGAGCAGCGCAGGGAGACAAGCAGAGAACGGCGCUGAGAAACUGAUCGAUGAUGAAUAAGAGUGAGUGAGUGAGUGAGUGAGUGAGUGAGUGUGUGUGU